GGUUAGCUCUGGCACGGCUGGAAACCUACGAAAAUGCACGUAAAGUUUUAAACAAGGCCCGUGAGAACAUCCCUACAGAUCGCCAGAUUUGGAUCACAGCUGCAAAACUUGAGGAGGCCAAUGGCAACCUGCAAAUGGUGGAGAAAAUUGUAGACAGAGCCCUGAACUCUCUCCGAGCCAACAUGGUGGAAGUCAACAGAGAGCAGUGGAUCAAAGAUGGAGAAGACUGUGAGAAAAGUGGCAGCAUUAUCACGUGUCAGGCCAUCAUCCGGUCUAUCGUUAGUGUGGGUAUUGAAGAAGAGGACCGUAAACACACUUGGAUGGAAGACGCUGAAUCGUGUGCUGUGAAUGGAGCCAAUGAAUGUGCACGGGCCAUUUAUGCCUUUGCUUUGUCAGAGUUUCCAAGUAAAAAGAGCAUAUGGUUGAGAGCAGCCUACUUUGAGAAAAGUCAUGGUACAAGGGAGUCCCUGGAGUCCUUGUUACAGAGAGCUGUGGCCCAUUGUCCUAAGGCUGAGGUUCUGUGGCUGAUGGGUGCUAAGUCAAAAUGGUUGGCGGGUGACGUCCCAGCUGCCAGAAGUAUCCUGGCCUUGGCAUUUCAGGCCAAUCCUAACAGUGAAGAAAUCUGGCUAGCUGCUGUCAAACUGGAGUCUGAAAAUAACGAAUUUGAGAGAGCCAGGAGACUGCUGCAGAAGGCUAGAGCUAGUGCUCCAACUGCACGGGUGAUGAUGAAGUCGGUCAAGCUGGAGUGGUGUCUAGGAGAGAUAAGGAAUGCUAAUACACUACUGGACGAGGCAGUCAAGCAUUACCCUGACUUCCCAAAGUUGUGGAUGAUGAAAGGACAAAUCGCUGAGCAACAGGGCAAGUCUUCGGAGGCGAGAGAAGCGUAUAGUCAUGGACUGAAGAAAUGUCCGAGGUCAAUCCCUCUGUGGCUGUUACAGUCGAGACUAGAGGAGAAGUCAGGCCAGCUAAUCAAGGCACGGUCUAUACUUGAAAAGGCCAGACUGAAAAACCCACAGCAGGCAGAGUUAUGGCUGGAGGCUGCGCGUGUUGAAAACAGGGGUGGCUUGAGGAAUAUAGCACAGACACUGAUGGCCAGAGCUGUCCAGGACUGUCCCAAUGCUGGUAUUCUGUGGGCAGAGUCAAUAUUUAUGGAACCCCGCCCCCAGAGGAAGACCAAAUCUGUUGACGCUCUAAAGCGAUGUGAACAUGACCCCCAUGUACUUCUUGCUGCUGCCAAGUUCAUAUUUUGGGCAGAGAGGAAAGUAAACAAGGCCAGGGAAUGGUUUAACCGUACAGUUCGUAUCGACCCUGACCUUGGGGAUGCCUGGGCGUACUUCUACAAGUUUGAAAUACAGCACGGAAAUGAGGAAUCACAGAACAAUGUACUGACCCGCUGUGUGAGUGCCGACCCCCGUCAUGGUGAAAACUGGUGCCAUGUUUCAAAGGACAUUAAGAACUGGCGGCUUCGCACGGAACAGAUUCUUCCCCUCACUGCAGAACUGGCAGCACUGCCGACAUGACAACAGCAGCACACACAGACACAACUGGUAUUACUGGGUACUCUAAUGGAUCCAAGGAAGAUAGCAAAUAAAGCAUUACUUGCACUGUUGUCACUGAUUCGAGUGGGAUCUAAUAUAUGACUGACCUGAGCACUUGUAUUGUUUGCAACUAAUCCAAGGGUGAUCCAAUAUGUUGCAGACUUGAACAUAACUUAAGAAUUACUGUAACAGAUUUGAGGCAGUUAUGUAGCACACUAGUAUGUUCAUCGCUGUAAUGGACCAAAGAGGGUUAUGUACAGUAGUAGCAUAUCUUGAACUGCUGUAACUGGUCUGAGUAUUGAUCUGACAUGUAACGAACUCAAGCUGAACUUGUAGACAGUAGUAGACAGUAGAAUGGGAGGAGUUUCAAAUGAGCUGUUUUUGCAACGAACAAUCUGGUUGGUAAAAUUAAUUGAAAGUAUAUGUAGCUACUUAUUUUUAUCAGCCAAUCAGAUUGCUUGUCGCAAAACUGCAUGUUUUUUGAAGUGUUACACAUUGUCAAUAUAGUAGGGUAAGCCUGUUUCUAAUACAGGCCAGAUACAGGUGCUGAUGUUUAGACUUGAGAAUGUUGAAUAAGGCAAAUGCCAAUUAUAAUCAAAGCAUACAAUAAAAUUGAUUUUAUUUGCACACAAAUUUAAUUUUUGUAAGUGCUUUUUUAAGCUGAAAAUCCUAUAGAAAACUUCUCUACUCCUGCACAUCAAUUUUCCUCUCAAAACUUUCUGCUUUAAUCAUCACAUCAACCUGCACACUUUUCUUUCAUUAGACGACACUUCUGACAAAGUGUACCUUAGUGCUAUUCAUUGAUUAAAAGGAAGAUUUAGAAAAAGUGUCAGAUUGUACAUGUCUUACUGGUGAAACUUCCAGAUCCUAUUUGAACAUUGCAGAAGUGGGGAUUUUUUCACAUGAAAAUGUUCAUGUCAUGACUCUUUGAACUGACUGCAUUGUGGAAAUUCUCUAGGGCGGUGGUUCUGAAAUCUCAUGCUGACCCCCUUUUAAUUAUACGCCCAUCAAAUAUGACGGGAGUAUUAUGGUAUGGCGUCGUCUGUCCAUCCGGCGUAAACUUUUGUUUGUCCGGCAAUCUCCUCCUACAUUUUUGACCAAUCUCUUUUAAACUUGGUAUACAUUAUAAUCAUGAUAUGAAGUUUUGUCUCCCUUAAAUGAAUUUUGAUUCGACAAUUUUUGCAAAAGUUAUUGCCCCUUGUUUAUUUCAGUAUUUUAUUUUUGUCCGGCAAUCUCCUCCUAUAUUUUUCAACGGAUCUCUAUGAAACUUGGUAUACAUUAUAAUCAUGAUAUGAUGUGUCUAUCUUAAAAGAAAUGUGAUUCAACGAUUUUUGCAAAAGUUUUUGCCUUUUGUUCAUUUCAGUAUUUGAUUUUUUGUUCGGAGAUUUUCUCCUACAUUUUUUAUAGCCUGUCAUGCCAGCUAACCACUCUCGGAAUGAUGCAGAUCUUAUUUCAAUGUAAGAAAGUAUAUAACACUAUAUGGCAUUCGACAGGCGUAUAUUGUUCCGCCCCGCGGUACUCUUGUUGAAAUUUUCACGGUGGAGAUUCUGCAUUCUCAAAAUGAAAACAAAUAGAAUAUGUCUAUUUACCCCUUAGAGACAAAAUAAAUAUGCUUUAAAAUGACAAAUUUUGAGUUAUACUUUCAGGUGAAAUCAUUAGAUCUUGGAAUAUAGGAAUAGUUGAGCAAAUUCACUGGUUGAGAAUACAUAUAUGCUAUAUUUGAGGGUCCAAAAUCAGGAAUCUUCCUCCUAAAGAGGGAGAUUUUAGCAAGUAUGAAAUACAUAUAUCUGUAAUUUAUAUAUGUAUGUGGACAUUUUUGUUGCAAUUAAAUAUAACAUGAGGUGAACUGUGAACAUUGUCAUACUGAAGUUUCCCCUUUUACAGUAAGAAGUGGAGUAAUCCAUGCUAUAGAUUGAGCAGAUAUCGGAGAAGAGCUGUUACUUUUGUUCUCAUACAUGUGUAUAUUUGCUGAUAAUUGAUCUUUAAAGAGCAGCAAGGAAAACAAAUAUAUAAUAAAAAAAUAAUUGUA